AUGGGGCGGAACGCGGCGGCGGAGGGCCCCAGCGGGGCAGCAGAGGCGGCGGCGCGCGCGGUGUGGCGGUGGUGGUGCACUGCGGCGCGGCGGCGCUACCUGGCGCGGCUGUGGGCGCGGCUGCCGGCGCGGCACAUGUCCCCCGCGUGCGCCGCGUGGCCCCCGUGCCCGCACCCGCGCCUGCUCGCGCGGGCCGACGCGCUGCUGCGGCGGCUGCACCACCGCUGGCGCUGCCGCCUCUACCGCGCCCGGGUCGACCAGGUCGCCCGCAACCGCAUGCGGGAGAAGGUGACGGCGAGCGUGCUGUUCAAGGAGCGCAAGGCCUCCUACGGGCGCAGCGUGGCGCACCCGUUCGUGGGCGACUACGUGCGGCUGCGCGCGUCGCUGGCGUGGCGGCGGGGCGCGGGCGCGGGCGGCGCGGGGGACGCGUACGUGGUGUUCGCGGACGUGGCGGGGCGCGUGGGGGGCGGCGGCGGGGGCGGGGGCGGGGGCGCGCGGCCCGUGCUGUGCGUGGUGUCGACGGGCGCGCUGCUGCUGCUGGAGCCGCGCUCGCUGCGCACGAAGCGGCGCGUGCCGGCCGCGCACGUGUACAGGCUGUCGCUGUCGCCGUACGCGGACGACCUGCUCGCCGUGCACGUGCGUGCCGUACGUAUACAUUUUGUGACUACGUUUUUAAUGGACCCGAGUAGAACGAGUAUACUGUAGAAUAGUUUUAUAAUU